AUGGGGAGUACGACCGUCACAUACAACCAAUUUUCAUGUCAAGAACACUAUCACCUGAAUACACCCCCAAUACUUAUUGUGCCGGAUAGGAAUUGGCGUAUUUCAGAAAACGAACCAGUUGGUCAAAUCAUUGCUAGAAUCCGUGCGGAUGAUCCAGAAAAUGACGACCUUAUAUAUGGACUUGAAGCGCAAUAUAAAGUUCCUUUUCAUAUAGAUCCUGUAGGAGGCGUUGUGUAUCUCAACGAAAGUCUGGUUGGCCGGGGUGGAGAAAGCUUUUUCCUAUAUAUUACUGUUACUGAUGGUGAAUUGACAGCAAAAAAUGAGGUGUAUGUUAAUGUACUAUCUGCACAUGACACUAAAAAUAAAUAUUAUAGAACACCUCCUUCUAUUGCAAAAGUUUUAAAUAAUGUAACAUUAUUGUUGCCAUCUUUUGAUCGUCUACCAGGAGUGCAGUCUAUUCGAAAUCAAGCACCAAAUUUCAAAUUCUCGAACAUGUCACCCGCAAAUGACAGCAAUAUUCAGCCAGUAUAUACAUCAAAUGUCGAUACCCAUAUCUCUAAGCAAAAUAACGGUAACGAUACCAGAAAUACGAAUGAGUUGAAGAGUAUGGAUAAUAAUCAGACUCGUCAAACAACAACUCAAAAUUGGGGUUUAAACGAUACACCGGGAAAGAAACCUGAUAACUUUUCAUCAGAAUCGCCGUAUAGUGAAAACGACAAAAAUGUAUAUCAAUAUAGCGCACAGAUAUAUCUAAUUACGGUGACAAUUUGUAGCAUUUUCCUGAUCAGUGUCGUAGCAAUUAGCAUAGUGUAUCGAAGACGUCUAUGCUCUUUUGGUAAAAAUUUAAAUUCCAAAUCGAAAGAAGAAAUGGCAAGAGCGUCCAAUCAAAGUAAUUUUAGCAGUAUGAAUUUAAAUGACGAUAGUCGUAAUUCUAUGGUUCUGAAUCAAUGGCACGGUCCCAUGGCUUAUAACAAUCGUUAUGUACCUUGGGAAUCCGACCAUCAAAGAAAUCCUCAUAAAAACGAACAAUGGGAAUUUCCUAGACAUAAGCUUAAAUUUUUUAACAUAUUAGGCGAAGGAGCUUUUGGUCAAGUUUGGCGCUGUGAAGCCGCGGAAAUUGGUGGUACUUGCGGGAUUACGACGGUUGCCGUUAAAACAUUAAAAGAAAAUGCUACAGAAGCAGAAAAAAAAGAUUUGCUCUCCGAGUUGGAGGUAAUGAAAUCCCUGGAGUCACAUGUGAACGUUGUAGGAUUUUUAGGCUGCUGUACGGAUAAAGAUCCUAUUUUUGUUAUUAUAGAGUACGUAAAUAAAGGAAAACUGCAAACAUAUUUAAGGUCAUCACGAGCUGAACGACACUAUGGAAACACUCAUGGGAAAUCUGAUAUUUUAACUUCUGGAGAUUUGACGUCUUUCAUGUAUCAAGUAGCGAAUGGCAUGCAUUUCCUGACUUCUCGUGGGAUUAUACAUCGGGAUUUAGCAGCGAGAAAUAUACUUAUAACCGACGAUCACAUAUGCAAAGUUGCAGAUUUUGGAUUUGCGCGAGAUGUUAUAACAUCAAAAAUUUAUGAACGUAAGAGUGAAGGGAAAUUGCCCAUAAGAUGGAUGGCAAUUGAAUCUCUUUAUGACAAUAUAUUCUCCGCUAAAUCUGACAUAUGGAGCUUCGGUAUACUAAUGUGGGAAAUUGUAACUCUGGGGUCUACUCCGUAUCCCGGUUAUUCUGCGGCUGAAGUAAUGCGCAAGGUUCGGGAUGGAUAUAGACUAGAAAAACCUGAACAUUGUCGACGUGAGCUAUAUAAUAUAAUGUAUUAUUGCUGGUCUAAGGAUCCAAACGACCGUCCGUCAUUUGAAGAGCUUGUGCAAAUGUUGGAUAGACUAUUACAAGCGGAGAUGGAAUAUAUUGAGUUAGAGAGAUUUCCAGAUCACAAUUAUUAUAACAUACCAAGCGUAAGCGGCGAAAAAGUAUAG